CUCAAAUACACCUACCAAUUCCUCAUCUAUUCACUACUCACAUACAACUAUACACCAUGCGCCCAUUUACUGGCCUCCCCCGCGGUCUCCGCUCUCUUCAGUCCGCUUUCCCCCGCGCUACCAUCACCCGCGCCUCUCAAACAUCCUCCCGGCCAUUCACUCAGCUCAUCCAUCGCCAAACACCAACACUUUCCUCUCCACGAGUCACUACACACCUCACAUCCACCAGAUUCAACUCCUCCUCAGCGAAACCUCUUACGGACCGCUCCGUCGACGCAUCCACCGAAGCCCAGAAUGAAGAACAGAACCGUCUCCGCCGCGAACAGGAGCCCGCAUACCAAAUCACAUUCACCUGCAAGCCAUGCGGAGAACGUUCCUCACACCGCAUGUCUAAGCACGGAUACCACCGCGGCACGGUGUUGAUCAAGUGCCCGUCUUGCGAUGCUCGUCAUGUCAUUGCCGAUCAUUUGAACAUCUUCUUCGACAAGAAGAGCACCCUUGAGGAUAUCUUGGCCCGGCAGGGCGAUAAGUUAACUCGUGGGUAUGUGGAUGGCGAUAUGGAGUUCUGGGAUGAUGGGAGUGUUAAUAAAAAGGAGGGUGGAGGUGAAGGGGAGGAGGGCAAGUCGGCUUAGACUACUACACUGUUGACUCGGCUAUGCAUUGUAUUUGGG